GUUUGUUUGUUUGUUUGUUUGAUUUCUCAAUUUUUCAUUUUACUACUACUUUAUCACACAUCCGUUUAUCGUUCUAUUACACAUUUUGGAAAUUUUAUUUCAAAAAGGGGAAAAUAAAUCAUCAUGACACUCAAUAUGAUGCAGAUUUGUCGAUAUGCAUUCGGCAUUGGUGUUGCCAUUGUAUUCGUAUUGAAUAUAUUGACCAUUUUCAAUUAUAGUUUUGGCCAAAAUGGUAUUAUCUGGAUGAUAACGGCAAUGUUUGGAUGUAUUUGUGGUGGCAUUGGUGCUUGGAAAGAACAUUUCCUUAUGACAAUGUUAUGUUCAGUAUCAUGGGCAAUAUUAUUAGCACUUACAUAUUUUAAACAUAUUUAUGCUGGCUAUUAUUAUAGUGAAUAUGGUUAUCAUGUUGAAAUUGGAAUGGCAGCCGGUGGUGGUAUUUAUGGUGCUGUAUUAUAUUCAAAUGGUAAACGUGAUACUGGUUUACCACAUUUUUGAAUCAGAAAACAACAAGACAAACAAACGAUAGAUUGAAUCGAAUUC